AAAGGCUGCUUGCUUCCAGCUUGGCUUGAAAGUGCAACCUUAAUAAAACUCACUGAAGCCUGAGAGAAAAUAGCAGUUCUGCAGCAGAUAGUGUAGGGGAAAGAGACUGGGAUAUGCAUAUGCAGCUGACUAAAGCAGGCUACAUGCUGGACUGUAACAGAGAGGAAACAAUAAAUCUUAGCUACUAUGCAAUAAAUAUUCCCAAUUUUAACUAAGGAAGCUAUCCUCACAGUAAAAUUUAAAAAAAACCCAAAAAACCAGUUUAUCCAAGCUUGAUUGUUAAAGUGUGCUGCUCUGCUCCUUUUUCCAAAGACUUUGAGGGAAAUUGAGAACAAAUUUAAAGAAAGAGGAAGAAAAAGUUUUUCUUAAAGCAAGAAAGGAAAGUAAUAAUAACAUGUCAGUUUUCUUUUCCUUUGCUUUCCUGGCAGUGAUUCUUGCUCUUGUAGGCUGUACUAGCCAGCGUCGGGGUCCAGAAGGCAGUGGGAGAAGAUUUAACCGGGUUCAGCACGGGCAGUGCACCUAUACUUUCAUUCUGCCAGAACAGGACGGGAACUGUCGUGAAAGCACAACAGACCAGUACAACACAAAUGCUCUUCAGAGAGAUGCUCCUCACGUGGAACAGGAUUUCUCUUCCCAGAAACUGCAACAUCUGGAACAUGUGAUGGAAAAUUACACUCAGUGGCUGCAAAAACUUGAGAACUACAUUGUGGAAAACAUGAAAUCAGAGAUGGUGCAGCUGCAGCAGAAUGCUGUGCAGAACCACACUGCUACCAUGCUCGAGAUAGGGACCAGCCUCCUCAGCCAGACAGCAGAGCAGACAAGAAAACUCACGGAUGUUGAAACCCAGGUGCUAAAUCAAACAUCCAGACUUGAAAUUCAGCUACUGGAAAAUUCCCUGUCAACAUACAAGCUAGAAAAACAGCUGCUACAACAGACACACGAAAUCCUAAAAAUUCAUGAGAAAAAUAGUUUACUUGAGCACAGAAUUCGAGAAAUGGAAGAAAGGCACAAAGAGGAGCUGGCCACUUUGAAGGAGGAAAAAGAGAACCUACAAAGCUUAGUCACACGACAAAGCUACAUAAUCCAGGAACUAGAGAAGCAGUUAAACAAGGCAACAAGCAAUAACAGUGUCCUGCAGAAACAGCAGCUUGAAUUGAUGGAUACAGUUCACACCCUGAUUACCCUCUGCUCCAAGGAAGGAGUUUUACUAAAGAAUGCAAAAAAGGAAGAAGAAAAGCCAUUCAGAGACUGUGCAGAUGUAUACCAGUCCGGUGUUAACAAAAGUGGGGUCUAUACUAUUUAUAUUAACAAUGUGUCAGAUCCUAAAAAGGUCUUUUGUAAUAUGGAAAUUGCUGGAGGAGGAUGGACAGUUAUACAACACCGAGAAGAUGGAAGUCUGGAUUUUCAGAAAAGCUGGAAAGAAUACAAAAUGGGUUUUGGUAGCCCAUCAGGUGAACAUUGGCUGGGAAAUGAAUUUAUCUUUGCAAUAACAAGUCAGAGGCAAUAUUCUCUAAGAAUUGAAUUAAUGGACUGGGAAGGAAACCGGGCAUAUUCACAAUAUGACAGAUUUCACAUAGGAAAUGAAAAACAGAAUUACAGGCUUUAUUUAAAAGGUCACAGUGGAACUGCUGGAAAACAGAGUAGUCUGAUCUUGCAUGGAGCUGAAUUCAGUACAAAAGAUGCUGACAAUGACAACUGCAUGUGUAAAUGUGCUCUCAUGUUGACUGGAGGGUGGUGGUUUGACGCCUGUGGCCCCUCCAAUCUCAAUGGGAUGUUCUACACUGCUGGGCAGAACCACGGGAAGCUCAAUGGCAUCAAAUGGCAUUACUUCAAAGGCCCCAGCUACUCCUUGCGCUCCACCACCAUGAUGAUUCGGCCUUUGGACUUCUGAAGGAGCUCGCGGUGGAUCCCGGGAGAAGCCAGGCUGGCACCGCCCUCGGCAGCAGCACUGGCACAGUCUGAAGGCGAAAGGCGAAGGGCUUCUCGCAAGCAGCCUGUAGGGAUGUAGGGAUGAUGCAAAGCCGCUUCGCUGUCACUCCACAACCUGCAAACACUUCCCCACAGUCACCCCAUGUUUUGAUUACUGCGGGGAGCUUGGUUUAGAAGAAGGUGGCUGAAAUGAUUUUCCAGAGAACUGGAUUUGGCUAUUCUGCACAAACUUGGUGCUUGCCAGUGGAUCUUUUUUUUUUUUUUUUUUUUUUUUU